GUCCCUUCUCUUGUCUUUAACUGUUCCUAAAUUUCUUACUCCAUCACUCGCUAACAUGAACUCGGCGCCAUCACUCAGGCCCUCUUUCAAGACCGAGCGCUCUGCUACUAAACCCUUCAGAGCCACGGCGCCGGUCACUCAUCAUGAGGCAACUCAUCAACUCCCGUCGCUUAAGGUGGUGCUCGGUGGACAUACAGCCACGUCCUCAGUCUAUUCCUCAAGUCCUCCAGCUUCUUGCGUCUACCUCGGAACGCCAAAUUCUACGCCGCUGCGGCCAGACGUACCCCGGAACCAAUAUUCUGCUUCUAACUCUGGAUCUUCAUCUUCCGCGCACUCUCCAACCUUGAAUUCUCCACCUUCACCUCCACAACCGCAUCAAGAUUCCACUCCGCAUUUUUCCUUUGCUUGCGAUCGAAGUCUGGACUUUCCACCACAUACAUUUAGAAAGACAACACCCUCCCGUCGUAAAGCCUCUAGUUCUAGAUCUGGAUCUGGAUAUGGAUCUAAAGAAGCUUCCCGAAAAAGGGCGGCCACCAUGGCGAAAUGUCGUAUGGAUGAGAGUGCGUGUAGGUCGGCACUACAAGACGCUCUGCUGGAAGCAAAUCCCAACAUCCCUGAACUUGCGGGAUGGACGAGACUCAAGGCAAAUAAUAUAAACGCGUCGAAAACCACGAAGCCUCCCACGUUCAAUAAAAUGGAUAUUUUUCAGACGGGCACGAAGGUUAUUCGGCAGGAUAACGUGAUUUUGGGGAGGAUGUUGAGGUGUCUGGAGGAAGUGGGACAUACGGAGAUGGUGGAGGAGUUGAGGGAGGCGAUUGCGAAUCGUGGGUGUUGAGCAGCUUCAUUGUUGAAUGGUGGAUGAAGAAUCGGGGUCAUGAAUUAGGGUGGGACAGUAUAGCGUUG